ACAUCCACACAAUUGACAAAGUGGGAGUGAAACGUCUAGGUGUGAACCGUCUUGGAAGUGAAACGUCUCAAUAGUGAAACGUCUUGGGGAGUGAAGCAUCCGGGCUUCGAAAAAUAUAGCCCAAUAAAUUAGAUAUUGUUAUUUUAUGGGAGUACAAAAGAUUCCAGGAUGACCAGAAAUGGAGUUCUAAGUUUGAGAUUUAACCAAGAUCAAGGAUGUUUCACAUGUGCUUCAGAAUCCGGUCUUAGAGUGUAUAAUGUAGAUCCACUGGCACAAAAAUUAUAUACAGAUGCUGUGGGAAGUGUGGCCAGCGCUGAAAUGUUGUUUAGAACCAAUAUUAUUGCAUUGGUUGGAGGUGGGAAAAAUCCAAGAUAUGAUGAGAAAGCAGUAACCAUAUGGGAUGAUAAUCGUGGUGAACCUAUAAUAGAUAUAACAUUUGCUCAACCAGUUCAUGCUGUGAGAAUGAAGAAAGACAGGUUGAUAGUGGUGCUACGCAAUCAGGUCCAUGUGUUCUCAUUCCCCAACAAUCCGCAGAAACUUCUGUCUUUUGACACCAGAGAUAAUCCUAGAGGUCUAUGUGAAGUGAGUCCUGUUGGGGCCAAUCUUGUUUUCCCAGGUCACAUCUGUGGGAGUGUUCAGAUUGUGAAUCUGGAUCAUUCACAGCCUGGUCAGACAUCAUCACCUGUUACAAUAAAUGCUCACAAGACAGAACUCGCCAGUGUGGCUGUAAAUCAGCUGGGCACACUACUUGCCACUGCCUCUGUUAAAGGUACAUUGAUAAGAGUAUUUGACAUCAACAAGAAAACAUUACAGCUAGAACUGAGGCGAGGAGCUGAUCCAGCCAAACUUUACUGCAUUUCAUUCAGCCUGGAUUCAGCUUACUUGUGUGCAUCAAGUGAUAAAGGUACAGUGCAUAUAUUUGCUGUAAAAGAGACGGAACUUAAUAAAAGAUCUACGUUUAAGAAGAUGGGUUUUCUCGGCCAGUAUGUUGAGUCACAGUGGGGUUUAGCUAACUUUACUGUGCCUGCAGAAUGUGCUUGUGUCUGUGCCUUUGGUCCUAGUCAAUCUGUGAUAGCUAUAUGUGUUGAUGGAACAUUCCAUAAGUAUGUGUUCUCAAAGGACGGCAACUGUAACAGAGAGGCUUAUGACAUUUAUUUGGACGUUGGCGAUGAUAUGGAGUAAUGAUCACUGGAAAUGUCUGUGUUUAUAAAGGGACGGAAACAAACUAUACAGAUUAAUGUGAUAGGUGAUUUGGUGUAGUGGUAAGGUGAAACCUGUGAUGGAAAGAUAAAAGUCUUAAGAAUAUCUGUGAUAAAAUGAGAAUUUAUAAAUUCAUUUGAUUGGAUGUGUGCAAUAUGGUUGUGGAGAAUUGUUCUAACAGGUUUAAUUUGUUUAGUAUGUAUUUAAUUGAAAAAUAGGUAAGAUUAUAUAUGGAUUUAGAUAGUUUUAAAGAUAUAGAGUAAGGAGUACAGUAUUUGAAGACUUGGAUAGCUUUGGUAAUCCAAGCAUUUAGCCAAAUCAACAUUUUGAACUAAUUGCUAAGGUCAAGUAAUUUCAAAGUUCUACUUUCAGUUCUGUUAAAUUUAUGUGAUACUUAGUUAGUUUGGGAAUACUUAUUUUAAUAAAAGUCUUCAGAAUAUGAAAAAAACACACAAAAGUUUACGCCCUUGCAAAAAUUGUAAUUUUACAGUAAGGGGUGUGACUGACUGCAAGAUAUGUUUGGAAAUAAAUCAAACAUAAUUGGCUACAUUAAGGAACUCGAUUUAAAUCUAUCUCAAAAUAAAACAUUCAAUUGCAUGCAGGGAUGAAAAUGAAUUGUUUUCUUUUUUCAUAAUUGAAUUGAAUGUAAACUAUUAAGAGCUGGAAAAAAAACGGACCUAGAACUAGUUUUAUAUACCAAUUAUUUUGUUUAUUUCAUAUACAUACUGACUCAUGACUUGUAUAAAAAUUAUACUAAUCUUAAAAUACACUAAAAUUGCUUUCAAAUUUGAAUAGUCACCAGAUUUUCCACAGAUUUUUAGCUUGUCUGUUUCGAAGAAUAAGUCAAGCUAUUAUGAUCGCUGCAUCGUUGUUGUGCAAAAACUUUUAAUGUAGCACAUUAUUAUUCAAACAUUUCAAAAGGUAUCAACAUGAAACUUGGAAUACUUACUUACGACGACAAGGUGCAGCUGUUAGACAAGGGACAUAAUACUGAAAGCAAUAUUUUUGGAGUUAUGUCCCUUUUUACUUAAGAAUUUGGAACAGACGAAGGUUAACACCUCAUGUGGUGGUCU